CGCACGCAAGGCGACACUGUGCGAGCUGUCUAGUUCCCUGGCCUGCUGAGGGAGGAUGGCGGAAGAUAUUAAGGAAGAGUCGGUGGUUUCUACCGUUGAGUCGGACCAAGCAACACCUGAUCGGACCCUAAAUAACGCGAUGCUGAUAGAAGGCGCCUGUCUACUGCGGAGGAUGGAGAUCUGUGUUGCUGAAGCUGAGAAAAGGAGCGGCAAGAAUGCAGUCAGCAUGCAGGAGACCUUCACUGUCUACCUGGUUGAGACAAGACCAAUGGAUGCAAUUGCUGAAGGCCGUAACCCACCCCCUGACUCUCUGUGGAGGAGAUACAGUGAGUUUGAACUGCUGAGAAACUACCUGAUAGUUACGUAUCCAUACAUCGUGCUGCCCCCUCUGCCUGAGAAAAGGGCAGAGUUUGUGUGGCACAAGCUUUCUGCAGACAACAUGGACCCAGACUUUGUAGAGCGGCGCAGGAUUGGGUUGGAGAACUUCCUGCUCCGCGUGGCCUCUCAUCCAGUUCUUUCCAACGAUGAAAUUCUGUACCACUUCCUCACCAAGGAGCAUGGCUGGAAGGAACAGGUGAACGAGACAGGGUUUCAGGCAAAGGCAGAUUCCAGGCUUAGAGCUUUAAGUGCCACCUUUAGGGUACGAAGUCCACAUAGUCACUUAGUGGAGAAAAAACAUUACAGCGAUGGGCUUCAGUCUCACAUGUCUCAGCUGCUCCGAGCACGAACUAGGGUUGCUGAUAGACUGUAUGCAGUUUAUAAGGUUCAUGGAAACUAUGGACGAAUCUUCAGUGAGUGGAGUGCCAUUGAGAAGGAGAUGGGAGACGGACUGCAGAGCGCUGGUCAUCACAUGGAUGCCUACGCUGCCUCAAUAGACGACAUCUUAGAAGAAGAGGAACAUUAUGCUGAUCAGUUGAAAGAAUAUCUGUCCUAUGCUGAAGCUCUGAGGGCAGUUUGCAGAAAACAUGAGCUGAGCCAGUUUGAGCUGGAGAUGGCAUCCCAGGACCUCAUUUCUAAGAAGCAGCAACGCGAGGAGCUGGCCACAGGGAUAGUGCGUACAUUCUCCUUGAAAGGCAUGACCAACAAGCUUUUUGGCCAAGAGGCACCUGAGCAUAGAGAGGCCAAGCUGAACCUGCUAGAAGAACUGAUAGCAGAGGGUGAAGAAACUGUUAAAGAGAAAACAGCUGAGUGCGAAGAGCAUGCCGAAAAGGCGUGGGCCGACAUUCUGCGUUUUAAAGAUCAAAAAAACAAAGAUCUGCAAGAGGCACUCAUCAACUACGCUCUAAUGCAAAUCAACAUGUGCAAGAAGGGAAUACAAGUAUGGACUAAUGCUAGAGAAUGUUUUCUUAAGAUGUAGAGCUGAAGCCAUAUAGAGAUAUUUUUACCCGUGAUGAUACCACAAUGCAAAGCUACCCAAUAUUGGUACCACCUGUGGAACGGUAGGAGCUAACGUGUACUAAGCAAGGCAAGUUUAUUUAUAUAGCACAUUUCAGUAGCAAGACAAUCCCAAGUACUGUACAUGACAAAAGGAAAAAGAGACAUAAUAGGAAAAGUAUAUUACAGUGGCAUAAGCAUAAUUAAAUAAUUAACGAACACAAAUAAUUUAAAGAGAAUGAAUAUUAAUAACUAAAUUAAGCUCCUGCAGGAAUAUUUGAAAAUUUAAUCCAACCACUAAUGCAUGCAAUGCUCCUGGGCCCAUAUUUUCUCAGCAUAAAAUCAAACAUUUCUCCCUGGGAGGUAGACAAUUUCCUGGAACCCUGUGCCUGUCCCAUUUCACUGGAACUGCAAAGAAACUUCUUAUUCAUGUGGUUAAAAGGUGAGAAAUGGACCAUACAAAAGCCUAAUGUUUAAAGUUUUCCCAUUUUUAAAAAUUGCAUGCUAAAGAUUUUUUACACCUGGUUGGAUCUAUAAUAAUAAACAAAGUGAGAGAAUUAGCUGGUGAGGCUGAAACUACUGCAAACUAAUGCAAACUUUGACACUGAAGUUCCCAAAAAUAACUGAUUAGUGCCCUGUUGCUUUAAAAACCACUCCACUCGGCCCACUUUGCGACCAUUUCCUUUACUGUUUUUUCCAAUUUUCCGCUGAGUAGGGACUGCAUGUGACGUCAACAGCCUGCCGUUCACUGAUUGGCCAUGGGACCAGGAGAAAUGAAAAGGUUGUGCAGGGAAAAAUUACUAAAAGUCAAGAGCAAAUACAACAAUAUUUAGGACCACAAUGGUCAGAGUGGGUCAAAUCAAAACAUAGUUUUACUAUUUACAAAUUGUAAAUCAUGCCUGAAGGCUGAAAGAAAAGAAAAAGGACACAUCAGCUUUCUUUAUUGACAGUCCUAAAGCGAACCACCGUCUGCAGUAGGAGGGAGCAGGCAGAGAGCAGCUGCCCUUAAUCAGACUGGCUGCAUUAGAUUAAAAGGGAGGAAGACCCCGCUGAAUCCGCAGAGCAUGAAUAUCCAAUAUCCAACCUUAAAUGAACUUUUGCGCCUUAAGUCCUUGUUGUCAUUAUUGCCAUGGAUGAGACUAAAACUUCCUCAUAAAGCCCAAAAUUAUAACUUCUUCAGGUAGACUUUGGAGAUUCACCAGUCCAGACAGCAGCGUCUUUCCUAUCCACUUCUCCUGCCACACCCCCUCACAUCAAAACCCAUGAGCCUUAUUUUAUACAUACAUGUUUACAUACAUUAGAGAUUCUUGCAUAUACAAUAAAGCAAACAUUAAUUGUAUUUUGUUUAUGUUUUGUUUUCUAUUUAUUCAUUUAUUACUUUUAUCUUUUUCACACAGAUUACUUUAAUGUAACAAUGUCAACAUCGGUAUCACUGACGGCUGGAUGCGUGGCUUCAAGUUCAAUUCAAUUCAGUUUUAUUUAUAUAACGCCAAUUCACAACACAUGUCGUCUCAAAGCACGUCACAAAGGGUUUGGAAUGGAAUAGGUCAUAAGUCAUAGCUCCAGCCGUCAGUGGGUCAGUGGAAACACUAGAGGUACCAUGCAGAGUAAAGAGAGACCGCCGCCUAAAAAGAGCCAGUGGAAAAGGAGUAUAUAUUGCCUAAAUUAUUUGCUUAUCUGACUUGUAUGAACUUAAGUGACAUCCCAUUCUUAAUCCCAAGGGUUCAAUAUGACGUUGUUCCACCCUUUCCACUCUUCUAGGAAGGAUGUCCACAAGGUUUAGUAGCAUGUUAAUGGGAAUUUGACCAUUCCUACAGAAGUACAUUUGUAAGGUCAUAGACGUUGGACGAGAAAGCCUGGUUUUCAGUAUUUGUUCUAAUACAUAGAAAAGGUGUUCUACCAGGUUGAGGUCAGAACUCAAGUGCAAGAAUUCAUGGAUAUGCAGGCCAAUCAAGCUCAUCCACACCACAUUAUCUCAUCCAUGUUUUUAUGGACCUUGCUUUGUUCACUGGCGCAGUCAUGUUGGAAGAGGAAGGGGCCAUUUCCAAACUGUUCUUACAAAGUUGGGAGCAUGGAAUUGUCAAAAAUGUCUUGGUAUGCUGAAGCAUUAAAGUUGUUUUCGCUAGAACUAAGGGGCUGAGCGUAACCCUUUUAAAACAGCUCCACAUCAUAAUCCUUCCACCAAACUUUCCACUUGGCACAGUGCAGUCAGGUAAGUAACGUUUUCCUGGCAACUGCCAAACCCAGACUGGUCCAUUUGGUUGCCAGACAGAAGAUGUAUAAAUCUUUACUCCAGAGGACAUGUCUCCACUGCUCUAUAGUCCUGGGAUGUAUUGCUCUAUGCCCCUGCACCCGACACUUUGCAUUGCACUUGGUAAAUUAGGGUUAGGAUACAGCAGCGAUUGGCUGCUCAGAUACAGCCAGCAACCUCUGCACACUAUGCGUGUCAGCAUCCGUUGCCCCUGCUCCAUCAGUUUACAUGGCCUACCACAUCUUGGCUAAGUGGCUGUCAUUUCUAAUCGUAUCCACUUUCUUUUAUUAUCACUGACAGUUGUCAGUAGAAUAUUUAGAAGUGAAGAGGCUUCACAACUAGACUUGUUUCACAAGUGACAUCCUAUCACAGUAUCACGCUGGAAUUCUCAGAGCUCCUGAGAUUGACCCAUUCUUUCAUAAAUCUUUGUAGAAACAGUCUGCAUGCCUAUGUGCUUGAUUUUACACAUCUGUGGCCAUGGAAGUGACUGGAACACAUUAUAAUUAUUUAGGUGGGUGAGCUUACACUAUACCUUUGGCAAUAUAGUGUAAGAAAUGUCAAAACCUACGUGGUGUCUUUAUUUCUAGUGAGCAGUCAUUCUAAUAUUGGUGGUAAAAUGGCUUAGAUGAAAUAAAUGUCAAGGACUCCACAGUAACUGAGCCUCUGUUGACACAGAAUUGGGGAGGUUGUCCCACCUUUUCUACAACUCUGACCCACCUUGGGAACAUCUGCAGCAGGUCCACGAACAUAAAUCCAAAAUGGAUCCAAAAUAGACUGAAGGGAAUAAGUUAAACCUUCUCAAUAUAAAUCCAAUAUAAUGAACUGAUAGUGAUAAAAAGGAAAAGCAGAUACCAGGUGAAAUCAGGAUAAAAGCGGCUAUGAGAAACUAGAACCAGGUGUGCAAGGGUGCAAGUCCAGGGUGUAUUUCAGUCUUUGCAUGCUUAAGUUCACCUCAUCUUUAGGUUUAUUAGAUACAUUGCUAUGACACCAUUUGUUUGUAUUUUUGUUUAAUCAUUAUGACUUUCAAUAAAUAAAUGUUAAGUUUA